GUUGAGAAAUUUAAUGGUAGUAUCACAGAUAAGAGGAAGCAUUUGUUCCUCUUUUCAUAGUGGUGCUUCAGAUUCUCAUACAAUUAGAUCCAUGCAUGGGGAUGCGGAGAAUAAUGUAGAGGAUGAUGAAGUUGAGUUGCAGUGGGCUGCAAUAGAAAGAUUACCCACAUUCAAAAGGCUUAGAACUUCAUUAUUCAACCUGGUAGAGGGACAGAGUAUGAGCAUGAUUGAUGUUACCAAGCUUGGAGCUCCGGAACGGCAAGAUUUUACCAACAAACUAUUAAACAAAGUUGAAGAUGACCAUCGUUACCUCUUGCAAAAACUUAGGGAAAGGAUAGACAAAGUGGGUUUGGAAUUGGGUACAGUGGAAGUCAGAUACCAUAAUUUAUCCAUAGAAGCAGAAUGCCUUGUAGUUCAUGGACAGCCCCUCCCCACCCUUUCCAAUGCCCUCAAAGAUAUAUUCUCAGCUAUGAUAAAUAUUACUGGGUCCAAGUCUCAAGCGAACAAGAUACCAAUACUUAAGGAUGUCAGUGGCAUCAUUAAGCCUUCCAGGCUAACUCUAUUGCUUGGCCCUCCAGGCUGUGGGAAAACCACUUUGUUACAGGCGCUUUCUGGAAAGCUUGAUCCAUCUCUCAAGGUUACCGGGGAAGUUUUGUAUAACGGUUACAAGUUCAAUGAAUUUGUUCCUCAGAAGACAUCAACUUAUAUAAGUCAGCAUGACUUGCACAUUUCUGAAAUGACUGUGAGGGAAACACUUGACUUCUCAGCACGUUGUCAGGGCAUUGGAGACAGAGCUGAUAUCAUGAAAGAAAUCAGUAAAAGGGAGAAGGAAGCUUGUAUUAUCCCAGAACCAGAUAUAGAUACCUUUAUGAAGGCAAUAUCAAUUGAAGGAUUAAAAAGAUCUCUACAGACAGACUAUAUAUUGAAGAUCCUUGGGCUAGAAAUUUGUGCUGACACAAUUGUGGGGGAUGCAAUGAAAAGAGGAAUUUCAGGUGGUCAAAAGAAAAGACUCACAACAGGGGAAAUGAUAAUCGGUCCAUCAAGAGCUCUCUUUUUGGAUGAAAUAUCAAAUGGCUUAGAUAGCUCCACCACCUUUCAGAUUGUGUCCUGCUUGCAGCAAUUGACACACAUAACUGAUUCAACCAUUUUGAUAUCACUUCUUCAACCAGCACCUGAGACCUUUGAUCUCUUUGAUGACAUUAUCUUAAUGGCAGAAGGAAAGAUUGUGUACCAUGGACCUCGUAGUAAUGUUCUAGAGUUUUUUGAGCAUUGUGGUUUCAGGUGCCCACCUCGGAAAGGCACUGCUGAUUUCCUCCAGGAAGUGGUUUCUGAAAAGGAUCAGGCACAGUACUGGUUUCACAAACAUGUCCCUCAUUCUUAUGUUUGUGUAGACAAAUUUAAGAAUAUAUUCAAGGAAUUUCAUUUGGGACAGAAACUCACUGAUGGAUUGUCAAGGCCUCUCGAUAGAUAUGAGUGCUACAAAAACUUUUUGUCUCUCAAUAACUACUCGCUGAAAAAAUGGGAAUUAUUCAAAGCAUGUCUGGCUAGAGAAUGGCUUCUGAUGAAGCGGAAUUCCUUCAUUUAUGUGUUUAAAACUGGACAGCUUGUGGUCAUUGCACUGAUAACAGUGACAGUGUUCUUACGAACCCAGAUGAAAAUUGACAUGUUCCACGCGGAUUACUACAUGACUUCCUUGUUUUAUGCUCUCAUUAGACAUGUGUGUAAUGGGGUUGAAGAAUUGUCACUGACUUCUUCUAGACUCCCGGUCUUCUACAAGCAAAGAGACUUCUACUUGUAUCCUGCAUGGACUUAUUCCAUACCAGCGGUCAUUUUGAAGGUCCCAUUUUCAUUAACGGAUGCUUUUGUAUGGACAGCUAUUACCUAUUAUGCAAUUGGAUACAGUCCUGAACCAGAGAGGUUUUUCCGUCAAUUCCUUCUUUUCUUCAUGGUUCAUCAAGUGUCAAUAUCACUUUUCCGUUUGAUUGCUUCCAUAGUCCGAAAUCCAUCUUUUGCAGCAAUAUGUGCCCUUUCAUCCUUCCUAGUGAUGCUGCUGUUUGGUGGCUUCUUACUUCCACAAUCUUCUCUACCUGGUUGGUUUGGAUGGGGGUUUUGGCUUUCCCCAUUCGCUUAUGCAGAAAUGGCUGUUUCAGUCAAUGAAUUCCUUUCUCCAAGAUGGCAAAAGAUUUCAUCCUCAAAUACUACCAUUGGACACCAAAUUCUCAUCGAACAAGGACUGAACUUCAAUGACUACUUUUAUUGGAUAUCAAUUGGAGCAUUGCUUGGAUUCUGGAUCUUUUUAAAUAUUGGAUUCGUUUGUGCACUGACUUAUUUGAAAUCACCAGGGAGAUCUCAGGUCAUCAUUUCUCAUGAUAAGCUAUCUUACUUUACGGGAGUAGAUAAUUUCAACAAUACAACUAAGGGAAAAGAAUUUCCUUCUGUUAGUACUAUUAAAGGUGCUGUAAAAACAAAUACUACAGGAAUGGUUUUACCUUUUGAGCCCUUAACAUUAACAUUUGAGAAUGUGCAAUACUUUGUUGAGACUUUCAAGAAUUUGAGAGAUCAAGGUUUUCCACAAAAGAGACUACAACUUCUUAGUGAUAUUAGUGGAGCAUUUAGACCUGGAAUUCUUACAGCUUUGAUGGGUGUCAGUGGAGCCGGGAAAACAACAAUGAUGGAUGUCCUGUCUGGUAGAAAGACUAGUGGCAUUAUAGAAGGGGAGAUAAGAGUUUGUGGGUAUCCUAAGGUCCAAAAUACAUAUGCCAGAGUAUCAGGUUACUGUGAGCAAACUGACAUCCAUUCUCCCCAGAUUACCAUUGAAGAAUCAGUGAUUUACUCUGCUUGGCUAAGGUUGCCAUCUCAAAUUGAUAGACAUACAAAAACUGAAUUUGUGGCAGAAGUUCUUCAACUGAUUGAACUUGAUGAAAUUAAAGAAGCUUUAGUUGGAAUCCCUGGUACCAGUGGUAUAUCAAAUGAGCAACGGAAACGGCUUACUAUAGCAGUAGAGCUUGUUUCUAAUCCAUCCAUAAUAUUCAUGGAUGAACCCACCUCAGGUCUAGAUGCCAGAGCAGCCGCAGUCAUCAUGCGAGCUGUAAAAAAUAUUGUCCAUACAAAUAGGACUGUUGUAUGUACCAUUCACCAGCCAAGCAUUGAUAUAUUUGAGGCAUUUGAUGAGUUGAUUUUGAUGAAAAGAGGAAAAAUAAUAUAUUCUGGAGAGCUGGGUCUGAAUUCAAGCAAGCUUAUUGAAUAUUUUGAGGGCAUUUCUGGGGUGCCAAAAAUCAAAGAGAACUACAAUCCAGCAACAUGGAUGUUAGAGGUCACUAGCCCUGCUGCAGAAGGUGAACUGGGUUUGGAUUUUGCCCAUCUUUAUAAAGAGUCCCUUUUGUUCCAGAAAAACAUGGAACUAAUCAGAGAAUUGAGCCUGCCAGCACAGGGUUCAAAGGAACUGCAUUUUUCUACACGCUUUGCACAAAAUGGAUGGGUGCAAUUUAAGGCAUGCCUCUGGAAGCAGCACCUCACAUACUGGAGAAGUCCCAAUUAUAACUUGGCACGAUUGGCACUUGUUAUCAUAUCUUCUAUAUUACUUGGAGCAGUUCUAUGGCAGAAAGGGCAGAAGAUAGACGGUGGGCCAGAUCUUCUUACUAUAUUGGCAUCUUCAUUUAUUUUGAUGCUUAUCAUAGGAGGAUCCAACUGUUCUUCUGUAAUUCCAUUCAUAGCUGCUGAGAGAAUUGUAAUCUACAGAGAAAUGUUUGCCGGAAUGUACUCCUCAUGGAUGUAUUCGUUAGCACAGGUGAUAAUUGAGAUCCCAUAUGUUUUCCUUCAAGCUGUUCUGUUUACAGCAAUCACAUAUCCAACAAUAAAUUUCUACUGGUCAUUUGACAAAGUAUUUUGGUACUUGUACACUAUGUUUUGCACACUACUCUUCUUCAGUUACUUUGGCAUGCUACUUGCCUCAGUGACGCCAACUUACCAAGUGGCUUCAGUAUUGGCAACUUUCUCCUACACCAUGUUCAAUUUGUUCUCAGGCUACCUCAUACCUGGACCAAAAUUACCCAAAUGGUGGAUAUGGAGUUACUGGAUUUGCCCGACAGCCUGGUCUUUAAAGGGUAUCCUUAUUUCACAAUACGGAGAUAUAACAAAGGAAAUUGCAGUGCAUGAAGAGCACAAAGCGGUCAAUGCCUUCUUGGAAAGCUAUUAUGGUUAUCGACAGGAUGAUUUAGUUAUUGUAGGUAUUGUGCUCAUUGUAUUUCCAUUAAUUACUGCAACUGCUUUUGCAUUUGCAAUGGCAAAACUCAACUUCCAGAAGAGAUAGAAGACAUAUUUCUUGACGAUC